UUGUCUUCAACCGAGCCUCGAACUGUCUCGCGUCUCAAAGUGGAAGAACCCCAUUGGUCAGUUUCGUAGUUUGAAAGCGAUCCAAUGGGACUCUAGACAUAAAUCUACAAUUCCAUUUUCUCUCAUAUAGUAUAAUUUAUUGAUAAGAGAACCCCAAUCGACCAAUUUCUUGAUGGGGUUCUGCUCUAAUCAAUUUUGUUAAUCAUUGAUCCGAGGCUUUAGUUCUUCAGCAAGAUUGAGUUUUUGGUGAUUUGGGGUUCUGAAAUUUCUAAUGUGGAUGAAUUGAGAAAAAAGAGCUGAUAAUGGGAAGUUUUCUUUAUGGUUUUGUGCUGCCAUUUCUGCUCUUAUCAGCUGGUUUACUGAAUUGGAGUUUGAUUUCUCUUGUCAAUUUGGUGUCUUCUCUUCUUUUGCGAUUCACGGCACCAAAAAGAGGAUUCCAUUUCAAAGGGAGAGUUCUGUUGUGGUUUGUUUUUCUAUUUUCAGUUCUCGCUAUUCUUCUGGAAGUGGUUUUUCUUAUUGUAUGGGCUAUUUUGGGUCCGGAAUGGGAGUUAGCUGAUGCAUGGUGGAUGAAACUUAUUGGAUUGAUGAAACUGAAGUCAUGGAGGUCCCCCUUAGUUAUUUAUCUCUUGGUUCUGCAACUAUUAGCUGCUGGUGUUGCUUUAUUUGAAAUCAAUGGCAACAGAUUUCGCUUGGGUCAGCUGCAAGAUCCCCGCUGGGAGCAUUUCUUAUCGGUUCUGGAACAUAUUGGUGCCCGUCUUAGAGUGAGUUCUUGCUUAUUUCUGCCUGCUGUUCAGUUGAUUGUGGGAAUUAGCUAUCCUUCUUGGCUUUCUCUACCCUUUUUCAUUUGUAGCUGUGUGGGCCUGGUUGAUUUAUCUUUAACAAGCAACUUUUUAGGUCUAUUCAGGGGGUGGAAGCUACUCUGGCUAUAUUCUGGUUUCAACCUAAGCCUGCUUUAUUUUUAUCAGCUCCGUAUUCCAUUUCCUCAGAUGUUCUACGUAGUAUCUGAUUAUAUUGGUCUCUACAAAAUAUCAGCGCACUCUGAUUGGCAAAAAAAUUGUUCUGGCCUUUCUCUUUUGGCAUACUAUUACUUGAUCUCUUUCAUUGAAGGUGAUUUGGAGGAAAUGUAUCUCAUUAUGACCAUGAGAGAAGGAAACUUGACUGAGCGGCUUCUGCCCUCGAGGCAUUCCUUUUUUGUUCGUGAAUACAGAUCUGGUGUGAGGCAUACUAAUGUUUUGUUGAAGAGGACAGUUUUCCGAAUUUUCACCAUCAACUUUUUCACGUACGGCUUCCCGGUCUCCUUGUUUGCCCUUUCUUUUUGGAGCUUCCAUUUUGCAAGUGUAUGUGCGUUUGGACUGCUAGCAUAUGUUGGCUACAUUUUGUAUGCUUUUCCGUCCUUGUUUCGUCUUCAUCGACUGAAUGGGUUGCUUCUAGUCUUCAUUCUUUUGUGGGCAGUCAGCACAUAUAUAUUCAAUGUGGCCUUUGUUUUCCUCAACUGGAAGCUUGGGAAGGACAUGGAGAUCUGGGAGAUGGUUGGAUUGUGGCGUUAUCCUAUUCCUGGCUUCUUCUUGCUUGCACAGUUUUUCCUCGGAAUCCUUGUUGCAGUUGGCAAUCUCGUAAAUAACUCUGUUUUUCUGUGCUUGUCAGAUGAAGAGAACCAAUCAUCGAAUGACAGCUUCAGUGAGGAAGUGAAAGAAGAGACCGAAGUAUUGAUUGUGGCAACAGUUGCCUGGGGAUUACGAAAAUGUUCUCGGGCUAUUAUGCUAGUUCUGAUAUUCAUUAUUGCAACAAAACCUGGAUUCAUCCAUGCUGUAUAUAUGAUAUUCUUUUUUGUUUAUCUUCUGAGCCAUGACAUCAAUGAAAAGAUGCGCCAGUCUCUAAUCCUUCUAUGCGAGGCUCAUUUUGCUGUCCUGUAUAUUCUUCACCUUAAUCUAAUCUCUCAAACAUUGGAGCAUAAAAGCUCAUGGAGUAUGGCGGUCCUGUCUCAGUUAGGUCUACUCCAAAGCGAUAGCUAUUACGAUUUCCUCGAGAUAGCAGUGCUUGCAUGCUUCUGUGCAGUUCAUAACCAUGGCUUUGAUACGUUAUUCUCGUUUUCAGCCAUUGUGCAGCAUACACCUUGUCCUCCUGUGGGAUUUAGCAUUUUGAAAGCUGGGUUAAACAAAUCAGUCCUGUUGUCAGUUUAUGCCUCUUCCACCAAUAGAGACCACAAUUCUGAUCAUUCACAUGAAAAGAGGAUAGCUUCAUAUCUCAGUGCCAUAGGGCAGAGAUUUUUGUCUGUAUAUAGAUCAUUUGGAACCUAUAUAGCUUUUGUGACCAUCCUUAUCACGGUGUAUCUGGUGACACCCAACUACGUGUCUUUUGGGUACAUCUUCCUUCUUCUGUUCUGGAUCAUUGGAAGACAACUAGUUGAGAAGACGAAGAGGCGCCUAUGGUAUCCACUAAAGCUCUAUGCAAUUUCAGUGUUUGUUCUCAUCUAUAGUUUGAGCAUUUUCCCCACUUUCGAGGCCUGGAUGUCCAAAAGCCUUGAUAUUCAGGUAUACCUUGGCUAUCACCAUGGAGCAUCACUAUUUGAAAAUGUAUGGCAGUCUCUUGCAAUCGUAAUUGUGAUGCAAAUGUAUAGCUAUGAGAGGCGACAAAGCAAAUUCAUCCAUUCAGAAGAUCCUGGUCCAUCACAGUUUGGGAUAUUCGGUUUCAUCAGACGGUUUCUCAUUUGGCACAGUCAAAAAAUUUUGUUCAUAGCUCUGUUUUAUGCAUCAUUAUCUCCAAUAAGUGCAUUUGGGCUUUUCUAUCUUCUGGGUCUUGUCCUCUGUUCAACCCUGCCAAAAGCUUCCCGAAUACCAUCCAAGUUGUUCUUGAUUUACACUGGAUUUAUAGUGGCGAUAGAAUAUCUGUUUCAGAUGUGGGGUAAACAGGCUGGGAUGUUUCCUGGACAAAAGCAUUAUGCUUUAUCUGUUAUCUUGGGCCUCGAGGUGUAUAGACCAAGCUUUUGGGGUCUUGAAGCAGGUUUGAGGGCUAAAGUGCUUGUUGUUGCCGCAUGUACACUUCAGUAUAAUGUUUUCCAUUGGUUGGAAAAGAUGCCAACUUCUCUUUUGAAUGACAAUAGAUCUGAGGAACCUUGUCCAUUGUUCGUCUCAGAAGAAGAUGUAAUGCCUUUAGUUCCUGAUGGGGAAAACAAGCCAGUAGCAGACUCCAAUGAAUUUUCUACACAAGGGAUGCGAACAUCAAGCAAGUCAUGCCCGUAUUUCGACCAGAGUCUCUAUCAAUCAUCUGAUGGUGUGUCCUCUAGCAGAGGAGUCUCCGAGUAUAGAAGUAGAAGUAAAUAUUCUUUUGGUUCUAUCUGGGGAAGCAGAAAGGAGAGUCAUAAGUGGAAUAAGAAGCUUGUUGUAUCACUGAGAAAAGAAAGACUUGAAAUGCAGAAGACUACCUUGAAAAUUUAUUUGAAAUUCUGGGUGGAGAAUAUGUUCAACCUCUUUGGGCUUGAGAUCAAUAUGCUCGCAUUGCUUCUCACCAGCUUUGCUUUACUUAAUGCCGUCUCCUUGCUCUACAUUGCUUUACUAGCUUCUUGUGUUCUUCUGGAACGGCGAAUCAUUCGUAAAGUUUGGCCGAUUUUUGUACUAUUGUUCACUUUGAUUCUUUUGCUUGAAUAUUUUGCCAUGUGGAAGAGCUUGAUGCCUUUAAAUCAGCACCGACCAAAUCAGACGGUACAUUGUCAUGAUUGCUGGAGCAGAUCGGAUGCGUACUUUGAUUAUUGUAAAAAGUGUUGGCUUGGGUUUACUGUUGAUGACCCUCGAAUUCUGAUCAGUUAUUAUGUGGUCUUCAUGCUUGCAUGUUUCAAGCUCCGUGCUGAUCGCACCUCCAGUUUAUCAGGGUCCUUUACAUAUCGUCAGAUGGUCUCACAGCGCAAGAAUUCUUUCGUGUGGCGAGAUCUUUCAUUUGAAACCAAAAGCAUGUGGACCUUUCUUGACUACUUGAGGCUUUACUGCUAUUGUCAUCUUCUAGACCUUGUGCUUGCUUUGAUACUGAUAACGGGUACCCUUGAGUAUGAUGUUCUACAUCUUGGAUAUCUUGGCUUUGCUCUGAUCUUCUUCCGGAUGAGGCUUACGAUUUUGAAAAAGAAAAAUGAGAUAUUCAAGUAUCUUCGCAUAUACAAUUUUACUGUCAUAGUUCUCUCUCUGGCCUAUCAGUCUCCAUUUAUUGGUGAUUUUAAUGCGGGAAAAUGUGAAACUGUAGAUUACAUUUACGAAGUGAUUGGAUUUUAUAAAUAUGAUUAUGGCUUUCGCAUUACCUCAAGAUCAGCUUUGGUCGAGAUCAUAAUUUUUGUGCUUGUCUCACUGCAAUCGUACAUGUUCUCUUCCCCAGAAUUCGAAUAUGUGUUCCGUUAUCUUGAGGCGGAACAAAUUGGUGCUGUUGUACGUGAGCAAGAGAAAAAAGCUGCCUGGAAAACUGCACAGUUACAGUACAUUCGUGAGUCUGAGGAGAAGAAACGCCAGCGAAAUUUGCAAGUGGAGAAGAUGAAGUCGGAGAUGCUCAACUUACAAAUACAGCUUCACAGUACAGAUACAAUUUCUGCUGCCACUCGUGGUGACACUUCUCCUCCUAGUGAGGGUUUAAGGAGGAGGAAGAAUUUUUCAGCUCCGAAUUUAGAGGAAAGAAAACCAGAUAAACUGGAGAUGAAUGUUAAUUCAGACUCUCUUUUUACUCAUGAUUUCCCUGAAUCUCCAAACAGUACCAGGGAAGAAAGCCCAUUGGCAGCAGAACUUAUGAAGCACCCAAUUGAAACUUCUUUGUGUGAAAUAAGUGAAGUUGAAGAAGAUGCAGGUGAUAAUGCUUUAAACCUGGACAAAAACAACAAAAGAAAAGGACAAUCUAAGGAUAAUCCGUUAGUUUCUGCGGUACAGUUGUUUGGUGAUGGUGUUUCUCAAGUACAAUCCAUUGGGAAUCAGGCUGUAAGCAAUAUUGUGAGCUUUCUAAACAUUCCACCAGAUGACUCUGAUUCUAAUGAGACCUCAACUGCUGGAGGUGGAAUAUCUUAUGAGAGAGAGGGUGAGAAUACUCCGUACACUCAUCUGGACCGCUCUUCUUCUUUGCAAUCUGAUAGGAGUAGAACGUCUGAAGCAGCAAGUUUGCAAAUUGGGAGAAUCUUCUAUCACAUCUGGUCCCAGAUGCGUUCAAAUAAUGAUGUUGUGUGCUAUUGUGGCUUUCUUCUCGUCUUUCUUUGGAACUUUAGUUUGCUUUCUAUGGUGUACCUGGCAGGUCUCUUUCUGUAUGCGCUUUGUGUGAACACUGGGCCAAGUUACAUUUUCUGGGUCAUCAUGCUAAUCUACACAGAAAUAUACAUUUUGAUCCAGUAUAUUUAUCAAAUAAUUAUUCAGCACUGUGGUUUUAGCAUUCAGUCCACUACUCUUCAAGAGCUGGGUUUUCCUACCAAAAGGAUAACAUCAUCUUUUGUCAUAAGUUCACUGCCACUAUUUCUGGUGUACUUGUUUACCCUCAUACAGAGCACUAUAACAGCAAAAGAUGGUGAAUGGUUUUCUCUAGGAUACAGUACUUGGAAAAGUAGACUUUUGGACCCAAAGGAGGACCUAGUGGCAUCUGGGUGGAUUGAGAAGGCGAGGAAGCUCUUCCUUCCAUUCAAAAAUAUGGUGAAGAUGGUGAUCAGAGGCUGUUGUAGGUAUUGGAAAUCACUAACGCAGGAGGCAGAAUCUCCACCAUACUUUGUCCAGUUGUCCAUGGAUGUUCACAUGUGGCCAGAGGAUGGAAUCCAACCAGAGAGGAUUGAAUCUGGAAUAAAUGAAAUUCUAAGGCUUAUGCAUGAUGAUAGAUGCAAAAAUCAAAACCCCAGCAGUUGUUCUUGUUCUAGUAGGGUCCAAAUUCAAAGCAUCGAAAAGAGUAGUGAAAAUCCAAAAAUCGCAUUGGCUGUUUUUGAGGUGGUUUAUGCCUGCCCAUUGACAGAAUGUCCACCUGAACAGUUCAAAUCACUCACUCCAGCUGCUGACAUAGCGAACGAGAUCCGUGGAGCACAAACCAAAGGUGCUGUUGAAGAAGUUGGAUUUCCAUACCCUAUACUCUCCAUCAUAGGCGGGGGUAGAAGGGAAGUUGAUCUUUAUGCUUAUAUCUUUGGUGCUGAUCUGAGUGUGUUCUUCUUGGUUGCUAUUUUCUACCAAUCUGUUAAAAAAAACAAAAGCGAGUUCUUGGAUGUUUCCCAACUUGAGGAUCAGUUUCCCAAGGACUAUGUAUUUAUAUUGAUGGCAAUAUUCUUCUUGAUUGUGCUUGACCGCAUCAUAUACCUCUGUUCAUUUGCCACAGGAAAAGUGAUCUAUUACAUUUCAAAUCUUGUUCUUUUUACAUAUGUCGUCACAGAGUAUGCUUGGAAUAUAGAUGCACAGCAAAGUGCUGCUGGAUUAGCCCUCCGUGCAAUAUAUCUGACAAAAGCAAUAUCUCUGGCACUGCAAGCCAUACAAAUCCGCUAUGGUGUUCCUCACAAGAGCACAUUGUAUCGCCAAUUCCUCACCAGCAAAGUUUCUCAAAUCAAUUAUCUAGGUUACCGGCUAUAUCGAGCUCUUCCUUUCCUGUAUGAAUUACGGUGUGUACUGGACUGGUCUUGCACUAAAACUUCAUUGACAAUGUAUGACUGGCUGAAGUUGGAAGACAUAAAUGCAAGCUUGUACCUUGUCAAAUGUGAUGCUGUUCUGAACAGAGCUACACACAAACCAGGGGAGAAGCAGACUAAGAUGACCAAAUUCUGUAAUGGAAUAUGCUUGUUCUUUAUAUUGAUCUGUGUAAUCUGGGCUCCCAUGCUGAUGUACAGCAGUGGUAAUCCAACUAACAUUGCAAAUCCUGUAAAUGAUGUGAGGGUUCAGCUUGAUAUCAAAGAAAAAAGUGGAGGAAGGUUAACCCUCUAUCAGACUACUCUUUGUGAAAUGAUUCCAUUUAAUCAGCUCCAUGAUGAUUUGAAUCUUGACCCCAACGGCUAUCUUUAUGCAUACAAUAAAAAUGAUAUCCAACUUAUCUGCUGUCAACCUGAUGCAAAUACUCUGUGGCUGGUUCCGGAUGUGGUUCAGAGAAGAUUCAUUCUGUCUCUGAAAGAUAUGGAAGUUAAAUUUUCUUGGGUUCUUACAAGGGACAGGCCUAAGGACAAAGAGGUUGUGAAAUACGAAAGAACUCUUGAUCCUGUGGAUUGUCCAAAGCCUUGGGAAGUUAAGAAAGUUUUGAAUGGCUCCACCAAUAGCUUCCGUGCAUAUAAUAUAUAUCCUAGAUAUAUUCGCGUGACUGGUUCUGGGGAAGUUAGGACUAUUGAAGAGGAGGCAAAUGGUGUUAGCGCGGAUAUCAUUUUAAAUCGGGGAGUCUCUGAGUGGUGGUCCUUCAAUGAUAUCAACUCACAGGAUGUAACAGGCUGUGGAGGGUUGAUAGGGCCUAUGGCCAUAAUUGUAUCAGAGGAAACACCACAGGGCUUGCUGGGUGAAACUCUCAGCAAAUUCAGUAUAUGGGGUCUCUACAUCACAUUUGUUUUAGCAGUUGGUCGCUUCAUCAGACUGCAGUGCUCUGACCUACGAAUGAGAAUCCCAUAUGAAAAUCUUCCUUCAUGUGACAGAUUGAUUGCCAUCUGUGAGGAUAUAUAUGCUGCAAGAGCAGAGGGUGAGCUCGUAGUGGAGGAAAUCCUAUACUGGACGCUAGUGAAGAUAUACAGGUCUCCACACAUGUUGCUCGAGUAUACUAAGUCUGAUUAGUCUAAUAAGAGUUUACUCUCAACUGCAACUGAUAUUUGUCCUAACGCAUAUGUAGAAGAGAUACUAACCAAUACCCCAUAGAGUUCAUCUGUUAUCUUCGCAGUGAAAUAUGCCAAAACAUCCCAAUGAUCUUUUUUUAUUUUAGCUUGAAGUUGAGCAGAUGACAGAAACAUUUGUAAAUAUAGGGCAGAGUGCAAAAUAUAGCAACAGUUUUGUGUAAAACACAGAGUACUUAUAGUUUUCUGGCAAUGAAAAGGUUCUCAAUUCUCAUCCAUCUAAUUUGUGUUCAU